AUGACAUUGCUCAGCGACCUCUGUCUGACCAACAGGCAAAUAUGCCGGUCCUUCCUCCGCUCUCAUCGACUACAAUCACAUCAGAUCCGACAAUUCAGCCGGUCUCAACCGGCACUCAGCCAGCCCGUCGUCGGCGCCUCUGAAGCCGAAGUCGCCGCUGCUCGAACAUACUGCACGAAUCUUCUCUCAAAAUACGACCGACCCUCCUACACCCUCAGCACCUUCAUCCCCCGCAAUGCGCAAACGCUCUACCUCGCCCUCCGCGCCCUCAACGUCUCCCUCUCGCUCAUCCCCGACACCACAUCCUCCUACACGAUCGGGCUCAUGCGUCUCCAAUUCUGGCGCGACGCAGUGACCAAAACCCUCGCGGGCGCGCCGCCCAAGGAACCCGUCGCGAUCCUGCUCGCCUCCGCCAUCGCAGACCUGCAUGCCCGCACACAAGGCCGCGCCCGCAUCAGCAAAGGCUGGUUGACGCGGCUGAUCAACGCGCGCGAACAAACCCUCACCAACGAUCCGUAUCCGAACAUUGCGGCGCUGGAAUCCUACGCUGAGAAUACCUACUCGACGCUUAUGUAUCUCACCCUGUCUGCCAUCCCCAUGACCUCGGUCACGGCGGACCAUGUCGCCUCGCAUGUCGGCAAGGCGGCGGGCAUCGCGGCCGUGUUGAGAGGAUUGCCGCUUGUGGCGUUUCCGGGACCGCAGAGCCAGCAUGCGAACUCGGCGGGCGCGAAUAUGAUGGGAGGUGGGACGAAGCAGGGGGCUGUCAUGCUGCCGCUGGAUAUCAUGGCGCAGACGGGCGUCAAGGAGGAAGAGGUGUUUAGGCAGGGCGCGGAAGCCCCUGGGCUACGGGAUGCCGUGUUUACCGUGGCCACGCGCGCGAGCGACCAUUUGAUUACGGUGCAGCAGAUGCUGAGCAAUCUGCGGGCGGGCCAGGAUGUCGGACAUGAUUUUGAGCAUGAGGGGGAGGAAGGACACCAGUAUGGUGAGGAGACGGGGGCUUCUCGCGGUCAAGGGAACGAGACUGCGUUGGAUGAGGUGAAUCGGGCGUUUGGCGUCUUCAUGCCCGCCGUCAGUACGAGGCUGUGGCUGGACCGGUUGGAGAGUUUCGAUUUUGAUAUCUUCCGACCGGAGCUGCUUGGGUCGGAGUGGAAGCUCCCUUGGAAGGCUUACAUGGCUUUCACGCGCAAGACUCUGUAA